GUUUCAUAUCCCAUGGGCGGUCCUCGUUGGAAGCAGGAGCAACACGAGGCGCUCGUAGCGCAACUCGCGGCCAUCAAGCAGCGUCAGCAGUCGCUACGUGAAGAUUCUCUCGCGUUCGCUAAGUCGCCGUCAGCGCCCGAGAAGGCGGCGGCACAGAGAUCGUUGCGCUCCUUGCGACAACUCACGCCCGAGGUGACAGUGCUCUGUGCGCAGACUGGCGCCGUCGUAGAGCGUGUCGCGAAUGCAAAUGACGUGGCUGAGAAGAUGACGCGCGAGGUUCGACGCCUGGACGUGAUUCAGUCGCGUCUGGGAGUGGCACUGGAGCAAUCGGCGCAGCUUCUGACGCUGCGUAACGCGCUGGCGGGUAUCCGACGCGCUAUGCAGCAGCAGAGGUAUCCGGAGGCCGCCACGUUCCUCCAGACGCUGAAAAACAUCGAGCAGCAGAUGCCGUUGGACGUUGCGGACAAGCUACGGGUGGAUACCAUUGAGAACGACCUCAAAGGAGUCAUUGAAGGAGCGUUCGAGGAGGGCUUACGAGCUGGCGAUCCUCGCCAGGUGCAGACGUACGCACCGCUGUUUAAGGCGGUAGGAAAAGACUACGAGGAGCACGGCUUGGUGAUGCUGCUAGAACAUAUACAGAGGACACUGGAGCAGACGUUGAAGAGGGAAAGGGAUCCACGAGUUGGUGUGUUUAGUACACAAGAACUCAUUACACACCUCGCUGAAGUGUUUAACCAAGUGGCACAAGAAGCACAGCAACAUGCUGGCCUGUUGUCGCAGUGCUUUGAGAGAGUUCAUGGACCCAAUCGGUUCGUGGGGAAGUUAUAUAUAUUGGGAGAACAGUCGGCGGUCGCAGUGCUGAACGCGUACAUGGCGCAGCGGAAAUUUCACGAACGGAUUACGAAUGGAGAGCAGCCUGUAUCACCGACUUCGACUCCGUUGUCACCGUCAAAUCGGAGUGGCAGUAACCGUGGGAUGCAGUCGACACCUGGAAGUCCCAGGGAUGAUGGUGUAGCUGUCAUGAACGAGCAACUGAAUGAGAUGGCGCUGGUCAUUCAACACACGCAGACUUACGAACGCUUCAUGCGCUCAAGAGUGACAUACGAAGAAGAAAAUGAAACAAAUAACGAUGAAGAGAUUGAAAAGGGUGAGCACGGCAGUGGUGGCAAAGGCCCUGUCGUUCCGGUAUUGCCACCUAUCCAAGAAAGUGAAUUGGGGAAAACUGUCCAGGAGCUGGCAGGGUUCUAUUGCUUCUUCGAAAACGCACUGUUGAACGAAGCUUCUCGUAAAGCAUUCCAGUGGGAAGAGCUCCACUUUUCAUCCGGCGACGGGAGCUCGGGAGAGGCUGAAGUCGGUGGAGUCGACAGCGACAAUAGCCUAGCAUGCUUUCCCAUUUCAUCGGCCAUUGAUGAAAUCUUUUACGUGGCACGUAACUCUGGACUGCGUGCAUUAGCGACAGGCCACGUCGACUGUGCUGCUGGAGUUCUUAACAUGAUUAAUACGGUGCUACGUGAUGUCGUUGGAGACACAAUGCGAAGCCGGAUACGACAUAUGACUACUUCAGCCAAGAUGGACAGUGCCGCCGGAGCUGAUGCUGCGAGCUUAUUAGCGGCUUCCUCUGCCCAGUUACGUGAUCAGAUGCAGCAGCAAUUUGCCAAGCUCAGCAAAACUGUUGGACCAGUGGGUGGCGUCAAUACUGGUGAAAAUGGUGGGCAGACUCCAGAGCAGCGGAAGGAACACACUCCUGAUGUCACACUUAACAGUUUGGAGGUUACGUCUGGAUACAUCGCACAACUGAAGGGCGAGUUCGAGCACGAGUUGCCCGAAGCCUUCCCCGAGGUGCCGCAGCACAUUAUGACUUGUUUGAAUGCACUGGAAGACGCAUCAGCUGAACUGAAUCAACUACUUCUUGCUUCGCGUAAAAAGCUCCUCAAGCUCUUGGAGCCCAAGAUUGCCGCUUAUCUCAACAGUUUGUUAUCAUCGUCGGCGUUAGCUGCAUCCGCUACAGCUCUUUCGUCGGCGGGAUCCUCAUCCUCGAGGCGCAACCCUGUCCAGUACGAGCUCACCGAGGCUAUGUUCACAUUCAACGAGGCCAACGACCCGUUUGCACAUGCGUUUGUGCGUGGGCUUCGGUCGUUGCUAGCUGCAUUUCGAGGGAGUCUCUCGCGUAGCAACUAUCGUGCUAUUGUUCACGGAGUUGCGUUGUAUUCUGCUACCCAACUCGAGUCCUGGUUUCUCUCUAAAGUUACACGGGUAAACCAGCUUGGUGCGCUGCAGUUUGACAAAGAUAUUCGUGUCAUCAGUACAUUCCUCAGCGGCGAAGGUGGCGCCGGCGAAGAAGUGCGCGAAGCGUUUGCGACUUUAACCCAACUCGCCGAAGUGUUGAAUGUGGACACUCCUCAAGAGGUACUGGAUGUGUACGGUCGACGACGUCGUGGCGUAGCUUGGACACUACCCGCUGCCCGUGUCAAAGAAGUUCUCUCGCGUCGCGUGGAGUUUGCUGAUGCUUCAAUCAAUAAGCUGGUAUUGAAGUGAGACGCUAAGAAAUACGGUGAGUCCAUUGUACAAGAAAAUUCAAAUUCAUAGACGAGCUCUAGCAUUCCUUCGUCUGCACCUCGUUGUGGUAGUUGCAAAUGCGUGCAGUCCACUUACGCACUUCCCUCCUCACUUCUUCUUCAUCGACUGUAGUAAGUUUGUGGCUUCGCAGCACUUGCUUCCCGUUAAUCCACACAUCCGAAACGUGCUCACGGCCAGCGACGUAGACUACAUGACUCACUGCGUUGUACAUGGGGAGCAUCUCGAUGCUGUCGCACUCAAUAGCGAUAAUAUCUGCACGUUUGCCCACCUCAAUGGAUCCGAUCUCAUGCUCAAGUCCAAGUGCCCGUGCACCAUUCAAUGUAGCCAUCUGCAGUGCCUCAGCAGCAGAAACACUCGUGCGGUCAUGAGACUCCGCUUUCGCCAGCAAUGCUGCAAGUUUCAUCUCUACUAACAUGUCGAGCGAGUUGUUGCUCGCCGCGCCGUCAGUACCGAGCGUCACGUUCACACCUCGACGAAGCAUUUCAGUCACUCGUGCAAUUCCCGAUGCCAAUUUGAGGUUGGACGACGGGCAGUGAACCACGUGAGCUCCAGCUCGAGCGACAUCGUCGAUCUCCUCGUCAGUUAGCUGAGUCAUGUGUGCACAUAUAAGCCUCUCCGACAGUAAACCUAGCCGUUUGAAAUUUGCGAGUGGACGGAGCUUCUGGUCGCUCUUGUGGCAGCACAUGGAGUCUCGGUUCAACUGCUCGCUGUCACUGCAUUCCGCCUCCGUCUCGUGCAAAUGGAUGUGGAUCCGUGCGUUAUACUUGCUUGCUAAUGCAUCCACUUUCAGCAGUGUUUGUUCACCUACUGUAUAAGGCGAAUGGGGCGCCAUAGUGACUGUGAUGAGGUCGUGGCGUCCAGGGGCGUAUUUCUUUAGGUAAGGUUCCGCCUUUGCCAAGAAGUCGUCCGGACCCGAGCCAUACGGCGACGCCAUGUCCAUGACACCUUGACCCACAGCUCCACGCAUGCCUGUGCUCUGCAAUACGCGGCAGAUUUCGUUCGGGAAGAAAUACAUGUUGUUGAAGCACGUAGUCCCGCUACGGAUCAUCUCGGCCACGGCGUGGGCCAUUCCGGCGCGUACGAACUCCGGACCGACAAACUUUUUCUCCAUUGGCCAGAUGUCUUCGGCUAGCCACUCAUGCAACAUCUUGUCGUCCCCCAGGCCGCGGAACAGCGUCAUGGGUGCGUGCGUAUGCAGAUUGAUGAGCCCUGGCAUCACUAUGUGGCGGUCCAAAUGAUGUUCCUCGGCGCCGACGAAGAGCUCCUGAGCUUCUGCACACGGCAGCAACGCCACGACCCGAGUCUUCUCGAUUACGAUAGCAGCAUUAUGCAGCACCACAUCGCGAGGAACAACCGGGAUCACGUGCGCUGCGAAGAUCACCAGAUCCACGGUCUGUUUGGUCAUUGUGGCAGUCAAAUGUGGCAAAAAAGAAUGAUGCGAAAUUUGAAUUUGGCCGAAAAGUAAAAUUUCGAUUUGAACAUCACGCGUCGGAAAAAAAAAUCGUUUUUUAAAACGAUUUAUUAAAAUACAAAGUGUUUCUUAUCCUCA